AUGCCUACCGGAACCCAUGGGGGCUCGUCGACACCGCGGCGCGGGUCAAUAACAUCGCGAGAUUUGAACAACUCCGGCGGAAGUGACAAUGGAAGACAUGGCUCCUCUCAGCUCUUGGGGGCUUCAAUGGCUGCGGCUUCGCCAGGCUCCCCAUCGAACCUCCCAACAGUAUCGCCUUACUGGGAUCAGCCAUACGACGCCCGUUCCGACGGUGGUUUGAGUGACGAUUCGUACUUGGAUCCGACGGCUCUGCAGGCGGCGCUUCCUCCCGACUUUCGCUCCUCUCAGGGCUCAACUGGGGACCACAGUAGAACCUCGUAUAAGGACAGUGGACCUUUCGCCGGCGAAGACGUCCUGUCGCGGGGCCAGAUUGGCGCGGACGCAGACACCAUCCCACUGACAUCGAGCGCUCAGCCCAUAUCAGGGUCCCUCAGUGUCAAAAAUUAUCCCGAGUCCCAUCCCAGAGAUAGCUUUCAGACGGUCUCCGAUGUCGACAAUAGCACCCGCGGGCCCAGGGACACACUCCAUCCCGAAGAUGUUGAAUUCGGACGACGUGGUUCCAGACACCGCAACUAUGGCAUGUCUCUCAUGCCGAACGAGUCAACGGGGUCGCGCCCUUUAUCGACGUCAGGUGCGCUGUCUCGCGCAGGAUCUAUUGUGCGAGCUAUGUCACAGAGAGUGGUCAACAUCAGCGGAGAAGCAGAACUGGCGGAGCAAAUUGCCUCGAGGCAUCGGUCAAGGUCACCUGCAGGAUCAGAGCGUGGGCUUGGACGUGAUCGGUCGCAUUCUGUCUUUGAGGACACGGCGUAUCACUCGCCCGCAGCCCACUUAGCUUCUGAGAAAACGGAGGACCAGCGACGCUCGUCAACUGAACUGCCAAAUGAAGUUCCUCGACAACCGGCACCCAACCCACUCAAAGGCCGCACGCUCAACACAUUCAGUGCAGACAGCCGUGUACGGAACUGGCUUUGCGACUUGCUCGUGUAUCCAUAUACCGAGCCGCUAAUUCUACUGCUCAUCGUCCUUCAGACAGUGCUCUUGAUCGUCGAGUCGGCCACUAGUGUUUAUAAGGAUGGUAAUGGGCGGCCCGAUCGGUGGGGUCAACGUUGGACCGACUGGGCACUGCUUGCUUUAUUCAUCAUCUUCACCAUGGAGCUUGUUGCGCGCAUCAUAGUCUCGGGCUUCAUCCUCAAUGCUGCUGAAUACAGCACCAUCGACCGGACGAAGGGCCUCCGCGUUGCCUUGACAAACCAGUACAGAUCUAUUUUUCAGCCCGAGAAGCAGAAGUCCGGCAAAACCAACAGCGUGCACUUGGCUCCGGAAUCUUCCACGAUAUCGAGAUCUUUCACUACACUUGUUCAAGGGCAACAAGCACUCCCUGAAACUUUAGAGGAGCAGCAACGAUAUCACUUGGCGCGCCGCGCCUUUCUCCGACACUCUUUCAAUCGCCUUGAUUUUGUCGCAGUGGUAUCGUUUUGGAUCUCUUUUGUCCUGGGCGUGGCCGGCCUCGAAAGCCAGUAUCACCUCCCUUACGACAACACUGUCAAUUUCGACAACAUUCUGCAAUCCUUGGAGCUCGUCUUUGUCAUCAUGAGCAGCAAUACCUUUACAGGUUUGAUGUACGACACGAUGGGAUCUGACUAUACCGCAGCUGCUUUGUUCUUCGCAGCCGGUAUCAUGAUCCUCACUCUUUGCCGCCAGAACCUGUUUGAUCUUUUCCUGGCUGUGAUUACAUCGAUCAUCCUUUUGCCGGUCAUUAGGCGACACCGCGCCUAUGCGUGGCUUACCGUCUUCCAGAUCGUGCGAGCAUACCGCGUGGUCCUUGCUAUCCCGAUUACGAGGCAGCUCAUUCUUCUGGUGGUGGGCAAUGCAGCUGGUAUCGCCAAUCUGAUGAUGUUCGUCUUCCUCAUGACCUUUCUCAUGGCUGUUCUUGCCUCUCAGCUAUUUCGCGGGGAGCUACCCGUUUUCGACGAUGGCGAGCUUGUGCGGGCGUCAUUUUACACCAUCUAUAACUCAUUCCUUGGCAUGUACCAGAUCUUGACCAGCGAGAACUGGACAGACAUCCUUUUCAGUGUCACUGGCUAUCUUACAGAGCGCGAGACGGCUUGGAUUGGGGCAACGUUCCUAAUUGGCUGGUUUAUCCUCUCCUUCUUCAUCUUGAUCAGUAUGUUUAUUGCGGUCAUUCAGGAAAAUUUUGAUAUAUCGGAGGAUGAAAAACGCCUGGAACAGGUGAAAGCCUUCUUGCAACAAAGGGAGUUAGGUUCUUCGUCAAGCAACCUGGCUCUGUCCACCGUCUUCACUCUAGGGAGAUCGCAUCAACGCAGAGAUCCCCUGGACUACGGUCCCGCUAUGACUGAGAUGCUGCUCAAGGACGCCGUCGUUAGGGAGUUCCUCGAUGAGCCGGCCGCAGCAGAGCGCGACCAUCUACCCGAACAAGGGCCGCCCCCACGAGCUGCGACCACUCUACUUGGUAAUGUCAAAACAGGGUUCCUCUCGAAACUCUGGAGUCGCCUUGUUCGCCGCGUAGCGAAAAGGGAGCCGAAUCCAUUCUACUCCAAUACCGAUUUCAACAAGAUGAAAGAGACGCUGGAUGCCAGAGAGAUGGCUCAGCAAGCUGUGUCGGCUUCGUCGGAGCGCCGAAGAGCGCAGCGAGAAUAUCUUGCAAAACACCCGACUUAUAACAAUUCUCUCUACUUUUUCGCCCCGAAGAACAGGCUCCGCCGCCUGUGUCAAAGGCUCGUCGGUCCGGCUAGAGGAGGUGAGCGGUUCGACGGCGUAGAACCCAACAAAGUGGCAUGGUUCAUAUUUUCCGUGUUUAUCUAUGCCGCCAUUGUCGCCAUGGUGGUGAUCGCAUGUAUCACGACACCGUUGUACCAGCGGGAUUAUCAAUUGCAACAUGAAAACGACCACCUCAAGUGGUAUGUGUGGACAGACUUGGCAUUCGCUAUCUUAUUUACUGGGGAGAGCAUCAUCAAGGUUAUCGCGGACGGCCUCGUAUCGACACCCAAUGCAUACUUGCGAAGCUCCUGGGGCUUCGUCGACGCCGUUGUGCUGAUUACUUUGUGGAUCAACGUCGGCACGCUGAUUGUGAACGAUGGCGCAGUCUCGAGGGCCAUUGGGGCUUUCAAAGCACUGAGGGCUCUGCGCCUUCUAAACGUCAGCAACAGUGCGAGAGAUACUUUCCAUUCACUCAUUAUCGUUGGGUGGUGGAAAAUCUUCGGAGCAGCAUUCAUUUCGAUUUCGCUGCUUAUCCCGUUUGCGAUUUACGGAUUGAAUCUCUUCAACGCGCUUUUGGUUUCCUGCAAUGAUGGCGACGGCAUUGUCAGUCUACAGCAAUGCUUUGGGGAGUACCAGGCCAUCCCUUACAGUGACGAUUGGCCUCUACUGGCUCCACGAAUAGCCUCAAACCCCUUUUACAACUUUGACGACUUUGGAUCUUCGCUCUUUACGCUUUUCCAACUUGUCAGCCAGGAGGGCUGGGCAGACGCCACAUACACACUGCAGGCAAUCACAGCCAGAGGCCAGCAGCCAGAGGACCUGGCUUCGGAGGGCAACGCCAUGUUCAUGGUCGUAUUCAACAUCAUGGCGACGGUCUUCAUCCUCACCCUCUUCAUAUCUGUCUUUAUGCGCAACUACACUGAGCAAACAGGUGUGGCGUACUUGACCGCAGACCAGCGAUCCUGGCUUGAACUUCGCAAACUCUUGCGUCAGAUUUCCCCGUCUAAAAGCUCGUACGAUCGCACUGGUAGUCACAAGUUGAAACGUUGGUGCCAUAAGAGGGCAAUUGAGAAGCGUGGCAAGUGGUACCAGGCCGUUACGGUUGUGCUCAUACUGCACCUGCUGUUGCUAGUGGUUGAAUACACGGGCGAGCCUUUCUGGUGGACAAUUACCAGAAGUGUAUUGUUCGUCGCCUUUAGUCUCGUCUACUUGGGCAACGUAAUCAUCCGCGUGUUGGGCCUUGGUUGGGCGCGAUAUCGCAAGAGCUCUUGGGACUUGUUCGCUCUCUUUACCGUCUCUGGGGCCUUGGUUUGCAACAUAGCACUUGUGGCGACUUCAUACGGUCGAGAUACAGUGCUGCAGAUACACAAGUUCUUCCUCGUGGCUAUCCUCCUCCUGAUCAUCCCUCGCAACGAUGCUUUGGAUCAGUUGUUCAAGACAGCUGCCGCGAGUCUGCCUGUGAUCGGAAAUCUCUUGGCAACUUGGCUGGUACUAUUCCUCGUCUUCGCUAUUGCGUUCACACAAGCCUUCAGCUUGACGCGAUUCGGCGAGGAGGCGGCUAGCGACAUCAACUUCCGAUCCGUUCCCAAGGCGCUCAUUCUCCUUUUCCGGAUGAGUUUCGGAGAAGGAUGGAACGAGGUCAUGGAAGGAUAUGCGGCCAUUGAGCCCCCCCUCUGCGUAGAGGAGGACAAUUUCUUUGACAGCGACUGCGGAAGCAAGCCAUGGGCCAGGUUUCUUUUCAUCAUGUGGAACCUUUUGAGCAUGUACAUUUUCGUUAACUUGUUCGUUUCACUCAUUUACGAAAGUUUCAGUUAUGUCUAUCAACGCUCGGCGUGGGUGGCUGCCGUUGAUCGGGAUGAGAUACGACGCUUCAAAGAAGCCUGGCGCCACGUCGAUCCUGCUGGCACCGGUGCUAUUAGCAAAGAAGCCUUCCCACGCCUACUUGGAGAGCUGUCGGGUGUGUUCCAGAUGCGCAUCUAUGAUCCCGAAGAUUCGGUCCAGCAGAUUUUGGACGACGUGCGCGGUGAUGCCACGACGACUCGACACACGUCCCUUGCAACACACAGUGGCCCUACCGAGAUUGAUCUCGAUAAGCUGAAUGCAAGGAUUGCUAAAUUGGACGUGGCGAAGAUCCGUGAGCGGAGGAGGCGCUUUAACAUCUUCUACGAGGAAGUCCUCGUCAGUGCUGACCCUGACAAAGGCAUCACAUUCACAAGUGUUUUGUUGAUUCUGGCGAACUGGAACAUUAUCCAUGAUAGCAAGAGUUUGAAGCUCGACGAGUUCCUCCGACGACGUGCACGGCUGCAGCGUGUCGACGACUCCGUGCGACGAAAGACUGUCCAAGGCUUCUUUUACACGGUCUACUGGGCCAGGAGGUUCAAGAAGCGGCUCCAGGCUAAGCAGUCUGCGCGCAUGACCGGCGAGCCUCAAUUAGAUAUUCCCGACAUUUUUGUGGAUGACGAGGACGACACGAUGCAAGGCACAAGGACCACAAGAGAAUCGUCACGACGCCCCUCACUUCAAGCCGGGUCCGGCAUGGCACAGUGGUAUUCGACACCCACUCAGUGCACCGAGAUCCGCAACAUCAACGCCAUCGCCCCCCGGAACACCGUCAGGAUUUGGUUUCGACCUUUUGGAAGGUGGGCAAGCACGCUCUUCGGCCGACUUCAGCCGCCCAACGAGCGCUGUUAG